GGGCUCCGCGGUGUUCGGAUCCAUCUCUUCCCUAGCCCGCGGAAGCCUCACCAGGCUGCAGCUUCACUUUUUCCUCGUUUUUCUUUUUCUUUAAAAAGCACACCCCUCUCCACCCCCGCCUUCUGAUCACCGCAGCCCAGACAUUCCCGGGCUCAUCUCUCUGGGGCUGCCCAUCUCUCCAGCUGCCCGUGACGACGCGCGCCCAACGUUGGGCGAAGCAAAGAAGAAAAACUUGUCGGAGGGGUUUCUCCAGCCUCCACUAACCCGCCCUCUCCCGCGAACCCCAAGCAUCCGCCGGAGCCAGUCCUAAGUCUGGGAAAGUUCCUCCGGUGCUCGGCGCCCUCUUGGAUCUGCAGGGCACGGGUGCUGGCUGUGGAAUUAGAUAUGUUUUGAACCCAGUGGAGCGCGUCGCGAGCGCUCGGAAGUCACCGUCCUCGGGAGCCCGGGUGGCGCUGCUUGUGAGGAUCCGGGAGUUUGCUGGCCCGGCUGCAAGUGACCUUUCCUACCCGAACUUGGUGGUCCUGUGUCGCCUGAGGGCUGCGAGGGUGGCAAGUUGAGGAGAGAGCCCCCGAAGUCCAGAGAGGAUUAGGCUGCCCCUCCUUCUCUCGUCGCUGUUCUCUGCUACUGUGAGAGAAAGCCUAUCGAAACUGACCAGGACCUCCGGAUCCCAUCCGAGACCCACCGCAGAGCUCGACCGCUAGCCCGAUUCCACGGAGAGCCCGGAGCCCAGGGCGUGAAGGGAAGACUCGCGGGGCAGGGAAGGGAGGUCGAGGCAGCAGUAUGGCGAGGUUCCUGAGGGCCGACCUGGCGGCAGCAGGAGUUAUGCUACUUUGUCACUUUUUAAUCGACCAAUUCCAGUUCGCCCAAGGGGAGCCUGGAAAUCAAAUCACGGAUUGGAAAUAUGAUGUUUCAAAGGCCUUUCCUCAAAGAGAUGAUGGGGUGGAUGUGGACUCACAAGCAUACAGCCACAGAUGGAAAAGAAACUCGGAUCCUUUUAAGGCAGUAGACACAAACAGAGCCAGCAUGGGCCAAGACUCGCCAGAGCCCAGAGGCUUCACUGACCUGCUACUGGAUGAUGGCCAGGACAACAACACCCAGAUCGAGGAGGACACAGAUCACAAUUACUACAUAUCUCGGAUAUAUGGUCCAACGGACUCUGCCAGCCGAGAUCUGUGGGUGAACAUAGACCAAAUGGAGAAAGACAAAGUGAAGAUUCAUGGGAUAUUGUCCAACACUCAUCGGCAAGCAGCGAGAGUGAAUCUGUCCUUCGAUUUUCCAUUUUAUGGUCAUUUUCUACGUGAAAUCACUGUGGCUACUGGGGGUUUCAUAUACACUGGAGAAGUUGUACACCGAAUGCUAACAGCCACACAGUAUAUAGCACCUUUAAUGGCAAAUUUUGAUCCUAGUGUAUCCAGAAAUUCAACCGUCAGAUACUUUGAUAAUGGCACAGCACUUGUUGUCCAGUGGGACCAUGUCCACCUGCAGGAUAAUUACAACCUGGGCAGCUUCACAUUCCAGGCAACACUCCUUAUGGAUGGACGCAUCAUCUUUGGAUACAAAGAAAUACCUGUCUUGGUCACACAGAUAAGUUCCACCAACCAUCCAGUGAAAGUCGGGCUGUCUGAUGCAUUUGUCGUUGUCCACAGGAUCCAGCAAAUUCCCAAUGUUCGAAGAAGAACAAUUUAUGAAUAUCACCGAGUAGAACUACAAAUGUCAAAAAUUACCAACAUUUCAGCUGUGGAGAUGACCCCACUCCCCACAUGUCUGCAGUUCAAUGGCUGUGGUCCUUGUGUAUCCUCUCAGAUUGGCUUCAACUGCAGUUGGUGUAGUAAACUUCAAAGAUGCUCCAGUGGAUUCGAUCGCCACCGGCAGGACUGGGUGGACAGUGGAUGUCCGGAAGAAGUACAGUCAAAGGAGAAGAUGUGUGAGAGAGCAGAGCCAGCGGAGAGUUCUCAAACCACCACAACCUCACACACAACCACCACGCAGUUCAGGGUCCUGACCACCACCAGGAGAGCCGUGACAUCCCAGCUGCCCACCAGCCUGCCCACGGAAGAUGACACGAAGAUAGCACUGCAUCUCAAGGAUAACGGAGCCUCUACAGACGACAGUGCAGCUGAGAAGAAAGGAGGAAGCCUUCACGCCGGCCUCAUUGUUGGAAUCCUGAUCCUGAUCCUCAUUAUAGCAGCAGCCAUUCUGGUGACAGUUUAUAUGUAUCACCACCCAACAUCAGCAGCCAGCAUCUUCUUCAUUGAGAGACGCCCAAGCAGAUGGCCAGCAAUGAAGUUUCGAAGAGGAUCGGGACACCCUGCCUAUGCGGAAGUUGAGCCCGUUGGAGAGAAAGAAGGUUUUAUUGUGUCAGAGCAGUGCUAAAGUUUUAGGACAGAGCAGCACCAGUACUGGCUUACAGGUGUUACGACUAAACUUUGCUUAUACCUUUAAAACAGACACACACCACAGCCACACACAAAGGAGCCCUAAACUGCUGUAGCCAGAAGGGAGACAAGAUUUCUGGACGAGCCCAACCCAGAAACAUUGAAAGGAAAACUCAAACUUGUACAAGACACCAUGUACACUGACUGUAACAUUCCCUACUGGAAUGACAUCCAUGGUUCACGAAGAACAUCUCCUGUGGACUUGCCAGAAGUGUGACAAGAUGACAAUGUUUUUGGUUUAGGUGCAGGGUUGCAAAGGGAUCAAGGAAAAAUAAUGAUAAUAAAUAAAGCUUUAGUUCACAAGGGAUUUACUCCUUUGGUUCCAAUGUUCUCUGAUGUCUCAAAGAUAACCAUGUUUCAGAGUCUGAAUAUUUUCACUGGAAAGAGUGAUGAUGAAUGCUUCAAGAUUUGCUGGAAACAAUGGCUCACAUGAGAGCAAAACCAAAUAGAAACAGAGGUUUCUCUAUCUUUUCCAAACAGACUUUCGGCAAAAGAAUUAGUUUUUGCUCUAAACCCAGACGCUGCACCAGGUUCAUUACUCCUCAGGAUGAACCUUUCAUCUGUUUGGAAGUUCACUAUGCCUGCCUCUUGCUGGGUAAUGAGCAGCCUUUCUGUUGGCUGUGACACGACUUCCCAAUGCUAAGCUGAGGACUAGAGAGGAGGGCAUAGCCGGUGAGGGUUUCCAUUCUCUCACUUCAGAAUAAAAUGAGUUAUGAUGUCAGGGGUGCUGCCUCCUCUCCCUCCUGGACUCCUGAGAAGCCUCAUUUAAUCUUGGCUAAUGGAAACAAACAGAAAUAACAGGAAGAAUUAGGUGGUCAUUUUUUGAGACAAAUAUCUUAAGGGAUUUGAACACUGUUAUUUUGAAAGUUCACCAUGUCUGUAUGACAAACCUGUUUCGUUGUCAAUUCCUGUCUAAGAAAUCAUUCAAGUCAACGUAUUUCUGGUGAUAGGGGAAAAAAAAAGAAUGAAAUAACCCUGCUGAAUCACACAGUAAUUUUCUUUAAAGCACAUAGUAGUUACAUAAAUAUAUAUAUAUAAAUAUAUUUUUGUUUAUAACUAACACAAGGCAGGCUCUUGUGGCUCUAAAGAGUGUAUUUUGUCAUCAAGACAAAGCAAAUGCAAGAUGAAUCACGGCAUUCCUCCCACAACACUGUAAAAUAAUCCUUAAUAUUAGCAUAUUUUUAUGUCACUUCCAAAAGUGGUUCAUUUAGUUGCAGCAUGCUUCGUUUUGCCACCUAUUGGAUCCACUUUUUCAUUCAUUCCAACCUCCUCUCUUCUUGAUUCAAAGAAGCAGUUGUAAAUGUCCCUUGAGUGGAGUUCUCAUUGAUACUCUGAUUGCAAUCCAAACUUUGAAAAAUUCCCCAAAGAGAAGAAAGAAAAUGUACCAAUCAAAAAGGAAAGUUGUUAAUGUAAACAAUAUCUCUAAACCUGAGGUUCUGUGGUGUAGAAUUCUGCCAACCACUAUACCUGUAAACCUUUGGCAUUCUGUACCAAAAAAAAAAAAAAAAAACAUAGUUCUUACAAGGUACAUCAUUUAACAUUUGCGGAUUUUUGCAGAUUCAAGUUACACAAAGCAAAGGUUCCCAGUAGUAGCACUUCACUGACAGUUUACAAUCUAUGUACGAUGUCUACACUGGACAGCAUCCAUCCCCUAACAGAGUGUCACAUUAUUUUCCCCAGUGUCUGGCAUAAGUGAGGCCUCUUUUCUCUCAAUGUAUUUUGUUUUACACCUUGAAGUAUUUGAAGACAGUAACAUUUCCCUAACCUCAGAUAAAACUAUCAGAAAACAAAGGUAGACGAGCAGCAUGAUUGUAGGAUGUGAUGACAAUCUGUGCCCCAGGUAUGCUCAAGCAAUAAGAAAUAUCUCAGCUUAUUCUUGUUGGUGUAAUUUUGGUGAGAGAGCAGUAUCCAAAUGACUUGCCAAUGUAACUGGUGCAACUGGUAUUUUACAGAUACAUAAGGCAUACAUAGACGACUUUCCUUUUAGGAUAAGAUGAUGCUUUCACAAGCUUUGACAAUAAGCCUGGCUUCCAACAGCAAUGGAUUGGCAGCCACAUAAAUCUUUUGCAUCUGCAUCUCACUCAACGUAGUUCCUACAAGUAGUAAUGUUAUCUUUAUACCCGUCAAAGCUCAUCUUCCAUUUUUAAUUAAAACCAUUGAUAAUUCUUUUAAAUGACUACAUAAGACCCUCUGACUUACUCAGUGUAUCAAAGAACCAAGUAACCGAGAAAUUGGAAGCAAGAAGGUUUCUAAGUUAUGUGGAAACUUUCUAAGAUAGCUGAGAGAGAGAGAGAGAGAGAGAGAGAGAGAGAGAGAGAGAGAGAGAGAGAAUAAGGAGUACUGCAUUGUAUGAAUCCACAAAAAUUCUGGUAGAAUCUCUUUGCUCUAUGAAACUUUAAUUCUGUUUGUACUUCUGGUCUGUUCUUGAAUUCUGUUUACUUCAGAGGAAGGGCACAUAGAGGUUCUAGAAAUUUCAAAAAGGAGUCCAGUAUUGUGGCCUAUAUAUGGAUUAUGUAUUACAAAGGAUAGGCACAAGUACCUUAGUCAAUAUUCUGUGAGCAUGAAGAAAGGAUGUCAAUGGUGUUCUUCUGAGAAGAAUAACUAUAGCAUGCAUACAACCAUAAGGAGAAACCAGGGAAGUGGUCCUGCAAGGGAACUUAGCUAUUUUACCUUAACUGCAAGAGUAAUGAUCAGUGGUCAGAGCUGCAAAUCACCCAACCAGAUGGUACAGACUUGUUUGUGAAUGAUUGGGACCUUAAAGAGCACUAACAAAUAGAAAGAUAAAGGUUAAUGGCCAAUGACAAUUGAGCACAAAUAUUUUUCUGUAAGGUUUCUAGGGUAUUUGGUAGACUCUCAAAUGAAUGAGAUAAAGAGUUACUGUCCACUAUUGAAUCUACUAGCCAAUUAUGGCUAAUGAUUUUUAAAUUAAAUACAAUUUAUAUUUAAUCUUCUGGUCACAUUUCAAGUGAUCCAUAGCCACACAUGGCUCAUGACUACCAUUGUAGGCUACACACAACAUUCUAGCAAUGCAGAAAAGUUUACUAUAAAGUAUUAUAGCGUUUCAAUUGAACUAUUUGUUCUUGAAGAAAAUAGUAGAAGGAAGGAGGAAGGAAGGAAGGAAGGAAGGAAGGAAGGAAGGAAGGAAGGAAGGAAGCUCUUAAACACACCCAAACAUUUUUUCUUAUAAUCUAAGAGAAGCCACAGAGAAAUAAAGAGAAGACCAGUUGACAUGGAUUUGUGUCUUUAUAGCGUUUUCUUGGAAAAAAAAAAAAACUCAAUUUUCUAGUUGGAAAAAAAAUUUAAAUAUGUUGUCCCAUAUUUUUUGCAAGAUUGUUUUGCAGACUGAUUAAAUAUACAGAUUGUAAAGACAUUCAAAACCUGACAUCAAUGUAAUCUGUGAAGCACAUCUGUAGGGCCAAGACUGAAUUGCUCACAAAGGAAGAAUAGUUCAUUAUUCCAAAAAGCAACUAAAGACAAUCGAGGCAAUACAUUCUUGAGGAAAUGCCAAAGCACAUAACAAAACUGCUUGAAUUUCUUUUUGUCUGUGUGUUUUUUUUCCCUUUGUCCAUGUUUUUUUUCUUUCCUGACUUUUCUUCUUAUUUGCCCACUUGCUGUGUCUCUUCCACUUGCCUGGGUUCUUUCUUAUGUGGAGUCACUUGGUACCUUUGUUUUUCUGCUUUUACACUUUUCUCUUCGUAAUAAAUGGAAUCUUAGGAUCUGAGCAGAGGCUCGUUUGAAAACAAAGCAAAUGAUAAUGCAAACAUUAGUCAUCUCAUAUUUAUUUCAUUUCUAUUACAAACGUAAGGAGCUAUGAAGUGAAAACAUAAAUAUGGUAGAGACUUGUUUUUAAUGUAAAUUCUGCAAAUGAAGACUUUAUAAAAGGAAGAAAACACUUUAAAGUAUGAUCACAUCCAGAUAAUAUAUGGUGUGGGAAGGCAUCUCAUACAUUUUAUUGAUAAGAAAACCAAGGCUCAAAUAAAUAUAAUAAGUCUUUCUGUUGUCAAAAAUGGAUUUUGAACUUAAAAUUCUCAAUUGGUCUUUUUGGUUUCAACCGUUAUUGCUUUCAUUUCUUUGUAAGCAAUUAAGACAAACAAACAGAUUAAAGACAUAAUCCAUGACAAAAUCAACUUUAUCUCCUGUAGGGAUGAUCUCUAUAUCUUAUAUAAUACUAUGAAACAUGAAACAACCUUCGUGUAUUCUGUUACUAUCUUAAGAAUGUUGUUAUUCUGUUUCAAAUUCCAUCUCUCAUAGGGUCCUUAUGUGUCCUCUCUCCACCUUCUUUGCUGUGGUCCUCAGGUUAGCAAUGCUAUUUAUCUUUGUCAUUUAAGUGUUCUUAUGCCUUUGUUUCAUUCCUACUCAAUUGUAUUUGAAAACUAAUACUGUUUAUUGAAGAAUUUGCAUCUCAUAGAUAAUCAGUUUUUACUUGUUCAUGAAAACUAUUCAGAGACUGUGUCCUGAGAUGAUCUUAUGGGAAAUUUUGACAUCAGAGGUGUUACCUACAAUAUACUCAUAUCAUUGUGUUUUUAUAAAGCACUUUACAUUUUA